AUGGCUCAUUCCUUUUUAUUUUUAACGCUUGUAAGAGAAGCAAAUGAUUUAGAUGAUUUAUUAAGCCGUAGGCAGGAAGCAAAUGUUCGGAACACAAUUUUAAAUAUACGUGAAGACGACUACGUGCGCCUCUUCCGACUAACAAAAAAAUUAGUGGAUGAUGUUGACGAAGAUCUAGAAGGAAAACUAAAAACCACCAAAACUUUAAACAGUAAAACUAAGAUAUUGUGUACUCUGUCCUUUCUCGCAAGUGGUUCAUAUCAAAGAAUAAUUUCUGCAAAUAUUUUUACUUUUGUCUCCCAACCUACAAUGUCUCGGUCUAUUCAUGAUGUGGUAGAUGCUUUGUCUCAUCCAGACAUUGUAAGAAAAUAUUUAAGAUUCCCUCAAACUUCUCAAGAAAGCCAAUUGCUCAAAGAAAGAUUUUACCAAAAGUUCAAAAUUAAUGGUUGCAUUGGAUGUGUGGAUGGGACUUUCAUUGCAAUGAUAAGACCUACAAAAGAUGAGGAAAGAUAUUAUUGCCGAAAGGGCUAUCAUGCGAUAAAUGUUCAAUUGAUAGUAGACGCAGACUUAAAUAUUUUGCAUGUGGAUGCAACACUUGGUGGAUCGUUCCAUGACAGUUUUAUUUUUAAUAAUUCUGUCAUAAAAGAACAUUUGGAAGAAGUGAAUAAUUCCAAUGAAACUGCAUAUUUGCUUGGCGAUAGUGCUCACUGUCAACGGGCCUAUAUGAUGGUACCAGUGCCUAAUGUUUUAAAUGGAUCACCUGAAGCAACUUAUAAUAAAGUACAUGCUACUGCUGUGUUGAAAGAGUUAUUGGUAUAUUAA